GCUGCGUGAAGAAAGAUGGCAGCCCCCAGGAAAGAAUCAACGUGAUAAGCUAAUUUUUUUACUGUGUGACUUAUCUUUCAUAAAAAGACACAAAAUGGGAAAAUCUAAAGCGGAGAAUACAUUCAAGUUUCAGUCGUUUACAGAGAGGAUAGCCGGUGUGAACAUUGAUGUCAUUCACAAGAUCAGACAUCAUGACGACACGCCAGAUGAAACCUCCACUUAUUUUUGUGAAGCACUACAGAAAUGGUCAGAGCUGAACUGCACUGAAUACUUUGCCAAUUUUAGACGAGAAAUCAGUGAUCAGGUGCAGACUUUUGCUCAGCUGGUUCAUCACAAGGAUGAAAUCAUCACUGCAUUGAAGACACACUUGGUUAUACCACAGAGCUUAGCACUGGGACCACUUCUCAACCUCUUGGUACAGUUAGCCCGGGACUUGCAGACAGAUUUCUAUGGCUAUUUCCAUGACUUCUUUGACAUCCUGGUGGGACUGCUGCCAAAAAAUGCUCAGAAUCCUGAUAUUCUGGAAGACAUCUUCUCAGCUCUGUCCUACAUCUUCAAGUUUCUGUGGCGUUACUUAGUGAGGGACGUUAAAGAGGUGUAUCAGUAUUUUUCAACACUGCUGAGAAAAAGCAAUAGAGAGUAUAUAGUGAACUUUGCUGCAGAGAGUUUUGCUUUCCUUAUGAGAAAGGUUAAAAACCAUGGCGAGCUGUUUGAUUUCCUGUUUCUAACACUGGAUGAUUCGCCUGAGACUGCAGAUGGAGUUGGUCGUCUGUUAUAUGAGAUGGUGAAAGGUGUCCAAAAACAGUUUCACAGCUGUACACAAAAGACAUUCCCAAUUGUGCUGAAGAAACUUGGUGAAUGUCAAGAAGGAGAAUAUGAACAGUUGAACUGGGACCAUGCGGAAACUGCAGUCACGGAAAUGUUUGUAUCAAUGGCAAAACACACUGACAAGAAAAACUCUUCUGAGAUAUGGAAGAUACUAAUCUCCGCAGUUGAUGAUGUUUAUCAGAACUGGCAAAAUGCCGCCGCAGAAAACAAGACAAAAUUGUCCGAUCAUCUGCUGAGACUCUUGAGACUCCUGAAUGUGUGGAUUAAUUUCAGGGGAGGGAAGAUCGCAGCCGAGCCCGAUAACACUGCUCAGUGCCUGGUGACCUUGUUAAAGGGAGAUCACUCAACAGACGUCGGGCGACAGUUGUUAGAUGAUGUUGCUCAUCUUCUCAUUCAUUGUACGGCCGUUCUUCCCGUGGAAACCACAAUGAAACUAGUCACUAAUGUGUUCAAGACAAAAUACCCGGAGAAUUUUGUGUAUUCCUUCUCCCAAGCUGUGCUCAGUCUUCCAAUAUUUGAGAAGGAUGUUUUGCCCAACCUGUUGCCUUACUGUCAUAAAGUGAUGUGUGGAGACGAAGAAUCCUCACGGCGACAAACAAUCUACCUUCUGACAGAUGUCAUUCUAAAGAAAGCCCCGCCCCCUUCCGAUGGCAGUCAGCUGGACCAACAACAGGCCUACUUACUGGACUUUGGAAUCACUAAGAAGACAGGGAUUCCCUCUCACAUCAUGUCUGUCCUGAAGGCGGCGUCUACAUCGAGUGUAAAACAGGAUGAUUUAUCUGAAGUCUGGUCUGCCUUAGUACUUCUGCCUCAUGUCAGACCAAUACUAGACAAAAGAGGGGUAAUUUCGGCUGUAUCGGAGUUGUUCAGGAAUGUUGGGAAGACUCUCCCGUCGGAGGCUAGCCUGAUUUCUAAAGAUACAGGUGAAAUCCUACAGGUGAUGUACCACUGUGUUCUAGCCUUGCUGUAUAUUCAAGAUGAGGGAGAAAUUUUUGGCAGUAUACCACAGACAGACAUCAUCUCCCUGUUGAGUCAUUAUCCUGAUCACACUGCAGUCCUGGAGUUGUCUGAUCUUUACUUCACACAAGCAUCACUAGAUGGCAGCACGAACAUCACAUCAGAGGAUACAUUGUUACAAGUUUACUCCAUACUGGAGGAAAAUCUUUCCUCUCCACAUUCAAAGGUGAGAAUGCUGACUCUGAGGAUACUGUCACAGUUCUCGUUUAGACUUCCGUCUCACGAUGAUGGGAACCAGGACCGGUUAGAUGUGUUUAGAAUUUGUCUGGAGGCAGAGUUAGUUCCCCUGAAUGUACAGGAUUACAGGAGAAAGCUGAUGUUUCUACAGAGGCUGCAGUUUGACAUCGUCCAGAAUUCUGUUCCUGUGGGUCCGUUUACACUGGUACCACUGAAGUAUUUGAUUGGUGCAUUACAUAUCAAGUUUAAGUUGCUAUGGGAACCCAUUACCAAAUUAAUUGCCAGUCAUGCUGUUGGUCUAGACAAGACGGUGUUUUGGGAUUUAUACAGACAAAUUCUACAAGACACUGCUAAAAAGUGUGAGGACUUUUUAUGCCAGGCAGAUGAAAUCCCAGACACAGAACAAGAACCAAUGGAUGAAGAUGACAGAAUGCGACAACUUUUUGUGCAGAGCUGUAAAUCGUGUGAAAUAAGCGACAAACCAGACCAUGGUAACUUCCGGUUCUAUCUGUGGAAGUCCAUGCAUCUGUUUUCAAACCUGUGUGAGAGGAAGAAUAGAGAUCUCGUUCCUUUGUUGUUAGACUUCAUAAGUAAAGAAUACUACAAUGUUGACUUGUCAGCUGCUCCCACCCAGAAUAUACAGAAGUCAGACACCCAGGCGUCAUCGGAGGCUGACGGAGAGGUAGAGGACGAUGACGAGGAGGAGGAGGAGGAGGAGGACCAUGUGGUAACUAGGUCAGGGAGUAGGAAAAAAAAGGUCAAGAAUGAGGGACCGGGCAGAAAACCGGAGCCCAAGUCAGAAGGGGAAGAAGAUGCACAGGAUGUGAAGAAGGGCGGUUCCCAGAGGAAGGGGACGAGUAAAGGGACCGUCUCAGGAGGUGCUAGACUCAAAAGAAGGGCAGCGACCAGCGCCCUCCUUGUGCAUUUGGAGCUGUUUACCAAAUUUUCCAGCCCCAAGUCCUUGCAUAGAGAAGCUGAACUCAGAAAUCUGUAUGACCAGCUUCUGUUUCACAAAAACGGACGAGUACAAAAGACGGCGUUCAGUUGCAUCAUGACGUACAAACACAGAUACCUGGUGCCCUACAAAGAAAAUUUUGAGAACCUCCUUGACGACGCCAAGUUUAAAACUGAGAUUGUUCUGUUCAGCAUCGAUAGCGAGAACAGCCUCGUGAAUCCGGAGCACAGAGAUCAGGUGCUGUCUUUCCUAAUGAGGAUAUUAUACGGGAAGAUGCACAGUAAGACGGGGAAGGACUCGUCCGGGAAAUCACGCAGUCAGUUCCGACGGUCCAUUGUGUUCCGCUUCCUCAAUGGCUGUAGCGGAGAUGAAAUCAUCAAAUUUAUGGAUAUGGUGUUUGAAAGUUUCAAACAUUUCAUCUCAGAUGAUGCCCUGGCUAUGGUGUGUAAGACGGAAGAGGAACUAGAUAUCUCCAGGGUGAUCCCAAUGAGAAAGAUGACCGGGGCCCUGAACACAGUGGACAUGAUAGUGAAGAAGCUGGGGCACCUGAUUGAGGGUUAUCUCCCCUCCCUACACUGUGUACUGCUGGGACUGACAGCUACGUGUGUGGCCUGUCUGGAGAAGAGGGAGCAGGUGUCCCCCGGGGCCCUCAAAUCCCUCAAGAACGUCAGGCAGAUCUGUGUUACACAGAUACUUCAGUUUUACGAUGUAUUUGAUUCCUACAAAUUCUCACCAAAAGAGAUUGAUGCCAUGUUUCAUGUUGCGGUUUGGCCGCAAUUAUCGAAGCUUCAGUUUGAAGGAGUCUAUCACCCAACCCCCCUCCUGAAGCUGUUACAUAUGUGUACAGCCAAUAGAAGGUAUCUGACAUUGCUGGCAAAAUGUCAGGAUACAGACACAAAUUUGACCCCCAUUGGAGCAGUUCUAAAACUUCUGAACGCAAAGGAAGUAAACAAGAGUGUUACAGACUUCAUCAUUGAGAUGCUUGGUAACCUGUUAUCGAGGGAGGAGGACGAGGAAAUAGACAACAUUACCGUAGCAACACCGGUCAAGGUCAACAAAAUGGUGCAGAUUAAUGUAUCAGAAGUGUCUCAGUUUGGAGCAGAGCUUCUAAAACCUCACGUGCCAGACAUUUUGACAUACAUACAGAAAGCUAUAAAGAGCCUACGAGGUCAUGGCAGAAAGUCACAAGCAGCUGGAAGAGAGUUGUCUAUCUUGUCAAGAAUCAGUGACUUUGUGACUGACCAAUCAGAGUGCCUAUCACUGGUGGAGUUACUCCUCCCAUUUAUGGGGGAGGGACUACGUAGAGCACCUGACACAGAGAUCAACAUUUUGAAUAGUGUCAAGAAUCUGCUGGACAAAAUACAGGACAAGAGGAAAUUCUACAGAUCAUUCUGUCAGCUUUUUGCAUACCUACAAAAUCGUCAAUCCAGAAUUCUUCUUUGCCAGUUGAUUAAGGUCAUUGCAGACAGUAAUCAGGAACUGAAAGAAAUCUCUCAGCUUUUAGCAGAGUUAAAUGCCUGGGACCCGAAGCACACAGAAGAACCAGAUUACAUGAGAAGACUGAACGCUCACAAGAAAGUGAACGAAGCCAUUAAACGGAUGGAGGCGACGCUGGACGUGGAUUUCCUGCUUCCUGUUCUACAUUCUUGUUGCUACUGUAUCAAACUUGUAGAUGACAUGUCACUCCGGGAUAUCUCCACGCAUACAUUGGUUACCAUGGUGAAACAAUUUAGUCAUGUGACUUACAACCAGGAUGAAUUUAGAGAUCUGAUAUCAAAUGGACUUAUUCAUGAAGUUAAAGCAGGAUUUAAAAACAAAAAUGAGAAUGUGCGGCACGAGUUUAUUGCUGUUUUGUCUGUGCUUGUGAAUACCUUCCCAUCACAUGACAUGUUCUCUGACCUUAUGGCACUCAAGGACAAAGAUGUCGAAGCAGAUUUCUUUGAAAAUAUUAGGCAUAUUCAGACUCACAGACGAUCAAGGGCAUUGAAGAAGAUGAACAGGACCUUACUCGCCAGAUCAAUCCGCAAAGAGAUAGUAGUGUCCUACUUCCUUCCUCUGACCACUUCUUUCCUGCUGGAUGAGACUUACACGAAAGCCCAGGGUCUGCAGGAAAGUGCUAUCGACUCUAUAGGGAUUCUGUGUAAACAUCUACCAUGGCAUGUGUACAUUAAUCAGCUGAAAUACUUCCUGUCCUUGUUGUCAAAGAAGUUUGAGAGAAAAAAGCUCUUGGUCAGGGUUAUUGUUGGUAUUUUGGAUGCAUUCCAUUUCGACCUGCGAAAUUCUCAACACUCCGUUGUCAACCUGCCAGAUGCCAUUGCGAAAAAGAAAGCCAAAGGAGAGAUAACUGAGGAGCCAAAUCCAUUAGACAAUGGUGAUAUCGAAAAUCCAGAUGCUUCUGCAGAGACAUUACCCAUAAUUCCAGACGAAAGUGAGGAAACCAUGGAUACAACCUCUGACCCUUCAUUAAAGCAGUCUAAUGGCAUGGUGAUCUGUUCUGUGGGUCAGGCCACUAGAAUCCAUUGUACGAUUAUGAAAUCUAUCAUCCCCAACCUACAGCGAUGUCUGACCAGGAAGGAGAAGAGUGAAGACGAGCACAAGCUAUCCAGGACAAAUUAUGCAGAAGACAGCGAAGUCCUGAGGGUACCUAUAGCACUAGCCAUGAUUAAACUGCUGCAGAAUUUACCUCAUAAAUCUCUAGAGCAUAAUCUACCAGGAAUUUUGCUGAAGGUGUGUAACUUUAUGAAGUCGAGAGCUGUGGACAUCCGAAACACUGCUAGGGACACGCUGGUGAAAAUCACCACCUCUCUCGGACCGAGAUUUUUCCCAUUCAUUUUAUCAGAGCUUCGAGGAUCACUGAGAAAGGGGUAUCAGGUGCAUGUUUUGUGCUACACUGUACAUAUGCUGCUGAAAAAUUUACUACCUGUCCUUAAACCCGGGGAGUUGGAUGUCUGCAGGAAGAGUCUUCAAGAGGUUUUCCAUGAAGAUUUAUUUGGACAAGUGGCAGAAGAAAAAGAGGUGGCUGGUGUUACGAGUAAAUUGUUUGAGGCCAGGUCAAUGAAGAGCUACGACUCGUAUAAAAUACUGGCACAAGUAAUCAGUACGGAAUCGCUCUUGGCAUUCAUCACUCCAAUCAAAGAGGUUUUGGUCUCUACACACAGUCAUACUAUAGCAAGGAAAUUACAAGAAGUUCUAAAGAAAGUCGUGACAGGAUUAUUGGACAAUACCGGCCUGGAAACGGAGGCCUUGAUGAUAUUUACUCACGGCCUGAUUACUGAAUCCUUUCCACAACUAUCAGAUAAACAGAGAGAGAAGUCCAAAGCAGAAGCUAAAGAAAACCUGUCAUUUCGCCCUCCAAGUUGUCUUCUGUUACCGGUGGAGCCGAAACGUGGAGGAGAGAAGCCCAGACUGAGUAAAAAGACCAAUAUUCAUGUCCUGGUGGAGUUUGGUCUCCAACUUUUGUGUCUGUGUCUGAAGAGGGGCCGCCUGGUGGCCACGGAGGAGCUCCACUGUCGACUGGUGGAUCCAUUUAUAUCUCUCCUAUCAGACUGUCUGUAUUCUAAGCAUAUCAGGAUUAACACACUGAGCUUGAGAUGUCUGUGCUGGCUGCUCAAAUUCAAAUUACCCUCUGUGAAUAAAAACAUCAGGAAGUUGGCCAAUGGGAUGUUCAUCAUCUUAAAAAACUAUGCAUCAGCAGGUGCUUCAAAGGGAGACAACUUGGAACUCAUCUCUAUGACAUUUAAGGCAGUGACAGUGUUGGUGAGAGACGUAAAGAUUUACAAACUAGAUCAGACACAACUACAGGUGCUGUUAACAUUCUGUGAGGAAGAUUUAUAUGAUUAUAACAGACAGAGCACGGCUUUCUCACUAUUAAAGGCCAUAUUGACCCGCAAGUUGAAUGUGCCUGAAGUGUUUGAGUUGAUAAAGAAGGUGGAGGAUAUGUCUAUCACGGCGGACUCUCCCCACGUCAGGAGGGAGUGCAGACAGAUAACACUGCAGUACAUCUUGGAAUAUCCCCUGGGGAAACUUCUCAACAAACACCUGGAGUUUUACGUCACACAAUUGUCCUAUGAAAUGGAGAAUGGGCGUGAGUCGGCCCUAGAGAUGUUGGCCACGAUAUUUUCGUCGUUUCCACAGAAUAUCUUGAAUGAACAUGCAGGAAUGUUCUUCAUUCCAAUGUCAGCAGCUCUUGUCAAUGAUGAAUCCACGAAAUGUAGAAAACUGACAGCUUUAGCCAUUAAAUCUCUUUUACAAAAGGUCGACCACAACACGAGAAAGGAACUAUUCAGCAUUACUCAGAAAUGGUUCACAGAUGACAAGAUAAACCAUCGGAUCCUGGCAGCCCAACUGACUGGUCUAUUUAUAGAAGUAGAAUCCACAAAAUUUGCACACCAUCUGUCUGUGAUAUUACCCAUAAUUCAUCAGCAAAUAGACCCAGGAAGAUAUCAAGAGACUCAUCAAAGUUCCACUGGAGAAACAGAAAAAGACAGACUGCUUUAUCACUGUAUGAACACACUCCUUAAAUUACUGAGAGAAUGUGACAUCAUCAGAGAUGUUAAAUGGAGGGAAGAAAUGAACAUUAUCUGGGACAAUGUUGUGAGUCAUCUAGGAUAUGAACACAUGUGGGUACAGUUGGCAUCCUGUCAGCUGAUUGGUCUGUUGUUUGCCGCUUGGACUCCAGAAGAAAUUAUUCAGCCUCAUUCUGGUUCUACUCUACAUGAUUUCAUCCAAAUGGAUUCCAUUCGCAAGUUGGAGAGUUUGGCGUUGGAUCUGAUAACACAGUUACAGUCGAGGUUUCUUACAGAAGAUUUAGCCAAUCAAAUCAUCAAAAACAUGGUGUUUAUUGCUAAAGUUGCCAAGCUUCUCUCUGACAAAGAGAGUUCUAAGGACUCUGCUGAGGCAGCUAACUCUGAUUUAAAGAACCAGAAGUGUCUUUCAUUGCGAUGGUUGAUCAAGAAAAUGAUCAGAGAAGCAAAUCAUGAGGCGGUGAAUCAGCCAAAAUCUACAAUAAAGAGAUGUAGUGUGUUUAAAUGGGUGGCUGCUGUCAGUAUGGACCUAGGCUCUACAGUGCUGCCGUCUGUGGUUCCUAUCAUGAUGCCAGCUCUACAAAGGGAGACAAAUGAGAAUAAUCCAAAUACUGAGUCAGCACUUAAGGGACUUGCCCAAGAAGUACUUGAUAUAUUGAAGAAAAUGCUAGGAAUUGAAACAUACACCCAGCUGUUCGCCAAAACACACAAGGAGCAGUUCAACAGAAAGGAAACAAGAAAAAGGAAAGAGGCUGUUGAGGCUGUAUCCAAUCCUCAGAAUGCUGCAAAAAAGAAAAUGAAGAAGAAUUUGGCAAAACGAGAGGCAAAAAAGAGAAAAGUAGAGGAAUUCCGAGCGUCAAAGAAAAUAAAGAGACGGAAAGUUAAAGACAUGGCGAUUACUUCCUGAUAAAGACAUUGUGAUAUCUGCGGGAAGACUUUUAUGUUUGUUUACAAUUUGAUGAAUUGUGAUACAUUAUAUCACAUGAUGCAAAUUUUUGAAGUUUGAUAUUAUGUAUGAUAUGAAAAUAAAAUAAUACAAUUUUG